UGCACUUGAAGUUUCUUAAAAAAACACGUUAAACUAGGUUAAACUUUAAACUAGUUAAACUAAUUAACAUUAAACUAGUUGGUUUUUUUAAGAAACUUCUAGUGCAAUAUAGAUAGGGCUAUCACAGCAACUCACAAAUUACCACUAUUCAUGGAAAUUUUAUUGUCUUUGUCAACUUUAUGUCAUGUCAUUGUCAUUUUGAUUGCUACUCGUUUCUUAGGUAGGCAUUCCUAUUUGAUUUGAAUUAAUUUACGAAGUAACAUGCAAACAACAAUGAGGUUACAAAGUAUAUUCAAGUUAUAUCAGAAGGCUCUGGUGCGUCGGCCGUACUUGGUACAAGCAGUGCAGACCGGCACCCUCAUGGGCGCAGGCGAUAUAAUAUCUCAAACAAUAAUUGAAAAGAAACUAAUUAAAGAAUUGGAUUACAAAAGGACACUUCAGUUUUCUUCUAUUGGAUUAUUUGUGGGUGGGCCUGCUCUACGCUUUUGGUAUGGAUUACUUAAUCAUCAUAUAGGUUCUAGUGGGAAAUCAGUUACCAUUAAGAAAGUAUUUAUUGAUCAACUGGUGUUUGCUCCUGCAUUCCUAUUUCUAAUUCUAUCAGCAGUAGGAACAAUGCAAGGCAAACCUUGGGAUAUAGUAAAAAAAGAUAUUCACGCCAAUUACUGUGAUGUAUUAAAAACAAAUUACUAUAUAUGGCCAUGGGUCCAAAUUGUUAAUUUUUAUUAUGUACCAUUACAGUAUCAAGUAUUGCUUGUACAAAUUGUUGCAUUGUUUUGGAAUACAUAUCUCUCAUGGAAAACAAAUAGAAAGCAAUUGUUAGAAUAAAAUUAAAUAAUUAUUUUGUAUAUAUGAUAAUAAGUAAAGUCAGGCCAACAAUAUUAGAAUUUAUAGGCAAACAAUCUUGUAUAUAUAGAAUAAUUUUGAUAGAAGAUUGCCACAUAUAUUAAAAGAGAACAAACAUUUAAAAUAACAAAUUAAUAUUGUAAUUUCGUGUUUUUAUUAUUAUAACAUUACCUAUAGAAACAAAAUGCCUUAAUUUAUAAUAUUAAAUAAUGUAAUUAUUGUA